GUGAAUUACUUCUAAAAGCACACGUGUGUGAAUUUGUUUUGUAAAAAUUAUAAUUUCUUAGUAAUUUGACCGUUGAUAAACUGUUGUAAAAAUGCGACGACCAAGAAAAUACGAGUCUGGCGAAGCCAAACAGUAUAUAACCAGGAGAGCUGCUUUACGGAAACUGCAACUAUCAUUAAAUGACUUUCGUCGGUUGUGCAUAAUUAAGGGCGUAUAUCCCCGAGAGCCAAAACACAGACGACGUGCCCAAAAAGGCUCUUCUGACAUUAAGAUUUUAUAUCAUGCAAAAGAUAUACGCUUUCUCUUACAUGAGCCUAUAGUUUGGACAUUGCGUGACUACAAGAUUUUUGCAAAGAAAACAGGCCGUGAUCGUGCUAUUAAAGACUUUCGUAACUUGAAAAGACGUUUGGCCCAAUAUCCUGAGCUAAAAAUCGAUCAUAUAGUCAAAGAACGUUAUCCUACAUUUAUAGAUGCAAUCAAGGAUUUGGAUGAUUGUUUGACUUUACUAUUUUUAUUUAGUACCUUUCCUUCAUUACGUCUGAUCCCCAGAGACCAGUCUGCUCUCUGCCGUCGUCUUACUAUCGAGUUCUUGCAUUAUAUUAUAGCUUCAAAAUCUUUACGAAAGGUUUUCAUCUCGAUCAAAGGCUUUUAUUUUCAAGCUGACAUUAAAGGCCAGAAGGUGACUUGGAUCGUACCACACUACUAUCCAUUUAAACCACACUCUAAGGAGGAAGUAGACUUUAAGGUCAUGUCUAUCUUUGUAGAGUUCUAUUCCAUUAUGUUAGGCUUUGCAAACUAUCGUUUAUAUCAUAGCCAAAAUUUGGCGUAUCCACCGCAGUUCCCUGUUGGGGUACUUAAAGACUCUGAGGAGACGUUAAAUGAUGAAUCUUCAUUCAUAUCUGAUCGCAUUGCUGCCUUAAACUUUGAGUUAGAACGCACUGAUAAAAUAGCUGAAGAUGAAGAUGAUAAUGUGAUUGAUUUAGAGUUGUUAGAGCAGGACGGUGAUUCAAGACGCAUUUUAAAAAUGAAAAAAGAAGCUCAAGAAAUAGCUCGUCUGAAAUCUCUUUUCAAAGGCUUGAAAUUUUUUAUCAAUCGCGAAGUACCGCGCGAACCGUUAGUCAUUUUGCUUCGAUCGUUUGGUGCAAGAGUGUCUUGGGAUUCAACAGUGUUUUCCGGUGCUACAUUUGAUGAAUCUGAUGAAACUAUUACUCAUCAAAUUGUCGAUCGACCUAGCCUUAAUAAACAGUAUAUAUCGCGUGAUUAUAUACAGCCCCAGUGGGUAUUUGAUUGUGUGAACAAACGCCAACUGUUGCCCACUAGUAAAUACUUCAUUGGUGUUGUCCUACCGCCUCACCUGUCACCUUUCGUCGAACCCAAUCGGGAUGCCUACAUACCGCCAGAGGAGAUACACGAUCCUGCGAAUAUUGAGGUUCAUGAACAGAGUGAUGAAGAAUCGCCUGAAAACGAUGUUGAACCGGUCAAUUCUGAAGUUUCACAAAAUUUCAUGGAUUUUCAACUUGAAAAAGCUUAUCAGGAGGAAAAUGCUGAAGUGGACCAAUUUGUUGAAAGUGUACACGAGGAGAAAUCUGAAGAUGGUAUUGAAGAAAACAAGGAGAAGAAUUCCAAAGCAAAUGAAAAAGAAAAACGACGUUUACAUGAAAAAAAGAAUAUGUCUGUCGAAUCUGGUAAGAUUUGUAAAGAGGAUAAACGUUUGUUGCGAAAAAACAAAAUCGAUGAACAUCGUCUACAAGCUCGUAUGGUAAAACCGCGGCAUCGAAAUUUAUUCCGCAAAUUGAUACGAGAAAAACAAGUGAAGGAAAAGGAAGAGUGGUUACUUAAGAAAAAACGCAGACUAAUUGACCAAAAGGAUAAAGAAGCAAAAAAAGCAUAUAAGAAAACUAAGGCAUAACAUCCUGAUUAAAGAAAAAUCAUUUAAAAUCUUAA